UUCGAAAUUUCCAGAACUCUCUCGUCCUCCUCGUCUCUCCCAAUCGCGUAGCAUCCUCGUUUCUUCCCUCUUUUUUAAAUGUACGUCAUCAUCGCAAUCACCAAAAUGCCUAAUAAUUCGAUUCAACAGAGUCUCGUAGUAGCUAACAAAACCCUCCUUCUUCUCUUCGUAUUCGAUUCUGUUUUUAAUGGCUGAAGAAGCAAAAGCCAAAGGAAACGCCGCCUUCUCUUCCGGCGAUUGCGCCACCGCAAUUACCCAUUUCACGGAAGCGAUCAACCUCGCGCCGACUAAUCAUGUCCUUUACUCGAACCGAUCCGCCGCCUACGCUUCUCUCCACCGCUACGCAGAAGCAUUAUCCGACGCGAAGAAGACGGUGGAGCUUAAACCCGAUUGGUCUAAAGGGUACAGCCGUUUAGGCGCGGCGUACAUAGGAUUGUCUCAGUUCAAGGAAGCGACCGAUGCGUAUAAGAGAGGUUUGGAGCUUGAUCCCAACAACGAAACUCUCAAAUCGGGAUUAGCCGACGCGUCGAGACCACGCGCGGAUUCGAAUCCGUUCGUUGAGGCGUUUCAGGGGCCGGAGAUGUGGGCGAAAUUGACGGCGGAUCCGGGGACUAGGGUUUAUUUGCAGCAGCCUGAUUUCGUCAAGACGAUGCAGGAGAUUCAGAAGAACCCUAAUAAUCUUAAUCUGUAUAUGAAGGAUAAGAGAGUGAUGCAGGCGUUAGGGGUUUUGUUGGAUGUUAAGUUUGGUGGAUCGAAGGGAGAAGAUACGGAGAUGCAGGAGGCUGAUUCGUCUCCACCGGCGAGAAAAGAGCCGGAGAUGGCGAAGAAGCCUGAACCGGCGGUGGAGCCUGAACCGGAGCCUAUGGAGUUGACGGAGGAGGAUAAGGAGAAGAAGGAGAGGAAGGAGAAGGCACAAGCGGAGAAAGAGCAAGGAAACGCUUCUUACAAGAAGAAGGAUUUCGAGAAAGCUAUUGAUCAUUACACUAAGGCGAUGGAGCUAGAUGAUGAAGACAUUUCGUAUCUCACGAACCGUGCUGCUGUUUAUCUUGAGAUGGGAAAGUAUGAGGAGUGCAUUGAGGACUGUGACAGGGCUGUUGAAAGAGGCAGAGAGCUUCGUUUUGACUUCAAGAUGAUAGCAAAAGCUCUAACUAGGAAAGGAUCUGCGCUGGUGAAAAUGGCCAAAUGCUCAAAAGACUUUGAACCUGCCAUCGAGACAUUUCAGAAAGCUCUUACAGAGCAUCGCAAUCCAGAUACAUUGAAGAAACUGAAUGAUGCUGAGAAAGCCAAGAAGGAGCUGGAGCAACAGGAGUACUUUGAUCCUAAGAUAGCCGAGGAGGAGCGAGAGAAAGGUAAUGGGUUCUUUAAAGAGCAAAAGUAUCCAGAGGCAGUAAAGCAUUAUUCAGAGGCAAUCAAAAGAAACCCAAAGGAUGUGAGGGCGUACAGCAACAGAGCUGCUUGUUACACAAAGCUAGGAGCAUUACCAGAGGGAUUGAAAGAUGCUGAAAAGUGCAUCGAGCUAGACUCGAGUUUCACCAAAGGAUACAGCAGGAAAGGAGCUAUUCAAUUUUUCAUGAAGGAAUACGAUAAAGCCAUGGAGACUUAUCAAGAAGGGCUGAAACACGAUCCUAAGAACCAAGAGUUGCUUGAUGGUGUUAGAAGAUGUGUGGAACAGAUAAACAAAGCGAACCGUGGUGAUCUGACUCCGGAGGAAUUGAAGGAGAGACAAGCAAAGGCAAUGCAAGAUCCAGAAGUCCAGAACAUAUUGUCGGAUCCGGUGAUGAGACAGGUAUUGGCGGAUUUUCAAGAGAACCCAAAAGCUGCACAAGAACAUAUGAAGAACCCAAUGGUAAUGAACAAGAUACAGAAGUUGGUUAGUGCCGGUAUUGUUCAGGUCCGGUAAACUGGUUGGUUAUGUUAAACUACUAGUGUCAAACAAAUUGUAACCAAAUUUUCAUCGUGUUUUUUUGGGUCUUUGGUAAAAUUGAAAUCUUGGUUUGGUUUGGGCUAUGUUUGGUGAGUUAUUCUGGAAUUAAUCAAGUCUGUAUUGUUCUUUAGUUUUCUCCUAAUUUUAUGUUAACUUCUUCGAAUCUUUUCAAGAGUAAUUUCUCGUUGUAUUUUAAGCUUUGAAACAAAAAGCUGUAAAUCUUGUUUAUUUAUCACAAGAGACUUUUCA